AUGCCUGGGAAGCUGUCCAUGGGAGCUGUCCAAGAAAGCAGGAGGCCCCUUGAGAGGCCUUUGAGAACCGAAGAGGCCUCCACUCGCGUGAUCACCACAGUCUUCGUCGCGCUCCUCAUCGAUCUCUUGGGCUUCACGCUCAUCUUGCCACUCCUGCCUUCCAUCCUUGAUCAUUACAGCAAGAAUGACGGUGGCUUGUACAUGACCUUGCAGCAUGGGGUGGACAGGUUUGCUGCAGUGGUUGGAGUGCCUCCGGAAAGGAAGUACAACAGUGUCUUAUUUGGCGGUCUGAUUGGCUCCAUGUUCUCCAUCCUUCAGUUCUUUGCCUCUCCCCUCACUGGGGCUGCGUCUGACUACUUUGGGAGGAGGCCAGUCAUGCUGCUGACUGUGACGGGCCUGAUCGCCUCCUAUUCCUUGUGGGCUGUUUCCAAGAGUUUUGAGCUCUUCCUCUUCUCCAGAGUCAUUGGCGGAAUAAGCAAAGGGAACGUCAGCCUCUCCACCGCCAUCAUUGCUGACCUGGCUUGUCCAAGAGCGCGGAGCAAGGGCAUGGCGAUGAUUGGCGUGGCCUUCUCCUUGGGCUUCACGCUGGGCCCCCUGCUCGGAGCCUUCCUCGCCAUGGAGACGGAGAAGGGAGAAGUCGUCUAUCUUUGGUCGGCUCUCUUGGCUGUCACGUUUGCCGUUACUGACCUGGCCUUCCUUUUCUUCAUGUUACCAGAGACACUCCCCAAAGAAAAACGGGUGCCCUCCGUGACGUCUGGUUUCCAGUCAGUCACCGGCCUCCUCAGUCCCUGGGCUUUGUUCCAGUUCUCUGCAGUAAGCCACGGAAUGGACCCCCCUUCAGAAAAGAAUCUCAGGAUCUUGGGCCUGGUGUAUUUCCUGUACCUCUUCUUGUUCUCCGGUCUGGAGUACACUCUGAGUUUUCUCGUCCAUCAGCACUUCCACUUCAGCAGCAUGCAGCAAGGGAAGAUGUUUUUCUUCAUUGGGAUCACAAUGGCUUUGAUCCAGGGUGGCUACACUCGCCAAAUCAAGCCUGGAAAUGAACUCAAGACUGUCAAGACGGCAAUUUUGUUGUCAGUUCCUGCUUUCCUUUUAAUUGGCUGGAGUGGGGGCAUGAUCCACUUGAGCGCAGGACUGCUGCUGUACUCCUUUGCUGCUGCUGCCGUGGUUCCAUGUUUGUCCACAGUGGUGUCGGGCUACGGGCCGGCAAGCCAGAAAGGAACCAUGAUGGGCACCUUACGGAGUUUGGGGGCCCUCGCCAGAGCCAUGGGACCCAUCCUGUCAGCAGCAGUGUACUGGCUGGCAGGAGCUGAAGUUUGUUUCACUGCCUGUGCUUUUUUGUUCUUGAUUCCCGUCGCUCUGCUCGGAUGCAUUCAGGAGCAAAUGAAAAAAGAAUAAGCAGCCCUGCCUUUUUCCUAGGAAUGGAGCUACGGCUGGCCAAGAAACAGUUUAUGGGGCUUCCUCUGGUGUUACAGCCAACUCCAACCUCCACUGUUCCUCUGGAACCUGCAAAGGCCCUGGCACUUCUAGAUAGUUCUGUGCAGACACUGGGGAGUUCAGUGUGACUGAUGUAAUUUUGGCUGCGCUGAGUGGAAGAGACCCUGAACAGAAAUCUCAGUUGCUGUCUUUUAACAGCCUACGCUCUUUGACAUAAAAGUGUUUGUAUAUCUUGCCAACUUGCCGUGACAUUGCAGAGUAGCAACGCUUCAUGUUGAAGAGGAAAAAAAUUAUUCAGUGAAACGGAAGUGUGCUCGACAGUCCCUGUCGUUGUCUGCGAGUGAUCACAAUGCCAUUUUGUGAAAUUUCCCAGAGGGCAUCAUCCACUCUCGCUUUGAGCCUACCAAAGAGGGACCAAAGUGUUUUUCCUAGCACAAAUCAGCCAAGGCCAGUGAUCGUUGCAGGUAUUGUCAACAGGAACUUAAGCAAGUUCUAAACUAAAGACCCGGGUAGCUUGCCGAAGGUCUGUGUUCCACUGUUAGCCUUGGGAGUCAAAGACCAGCGAGCAGCCUUCAUGCUUGUGGUACUCACUACCUUGGGGUGUGAGAGAACCUAAAAAGCCCCCAGUGCAUUCUGGAAUCCAUCAGGAUUUAUCAGCCAUGGUAUGUUGACCAUUUUAACCAGGCCCCCUUUCAUGUGGGGUGUUGGAGCCACUUUUAAGUAGGCAGUGAUCAAAACAUGGUCCAGCAUGAAUCUCCAGCCCUGAAACCAAACCUUCCCACAAAGACUCAGUGCAAAAGAUUAAGUCCAGGGCAUGACCACUUUCAUGUUUUGGGGCAGUCACAAUUUGGGAGAGA